AUGGCAAACCUCGGAGAUGCUGUCACCAAUCUCCUGAACGCGACUCCACCUGUCACGAGAUUCUACGCAGGUGUGACGUUAGUUCUUUCUCUCUCCGUCCGCGUUUUCGGCCUUCUUAACGCAGAAAAGAUCUUAUGGGAUCCCUCCUUCAUCACGGCGAAAAUGCCACCACAGCUCUGGCGGGCGUUUACGUCAUUUUUUCUGACAUCGAGGGAUUUGGGUAUCCUCUUCGAUACAUAUACCAUCUACAAAUAUGGUCUUGAUCUCGAGACCGUCCACUUCAAUACCUCGGGUGACUUCCUCUGGUACCUCUUAUUUAAUGGUGCAGUCAUUUUGUUGCUCAAUUCUUUCUUCCUAGGUGGGGUGAUUUUCGCACAAGUUAUGGGAAUUGCAUUUGCGUACUCCUGGGGCCAAAGGAACCGUGGUAGAAGUAUCUCGUUCUUUUUCGUCACCAUCAAAGCUCAAUGGUUACCAUACGCUAUCGCCGGUAUCACAGCUAUCCAGUCGCCCCCAAGCGCUUUCAUCUUGGCGAGUGGAAUUGUCUCUGCUCAUGCCUAUGAAUUCUUAACAGUUUUGUGGCCGAGAUUUGGAGGUGGCUCAAAUCUUCUUCCAACCCCAAGUUUCCUUAAAUGGUCAUUUGAGGGUGGUCCAGGCACCAGAACCGGUGGCGUUGGAGGAGUCCGCGCCUACGGAACUGGAUUUGAUGCGCGAGCUCGGGAUGCGGGUCCCGCACCUGCACGAGCGCAGGGAAUGUUUGGAGGCGAUGGUGGAAGUGCUACUGGAAGCAAUCCUCGUCAGGCCGCCGGUGCGUCCUGGAGAAAUCGAGGCGCAGGCCAUCGACUUGGUACUGAUUAG